AUGUUAGGAGGUUAUGACACGGACAGAGGAACCACGUUCACAGGAAAGUUCCUCAGGGCCCUCUACCAAAGAUUAGGAGUCAAACCGUUGUUCUCCUCAGCCUACCACCCAGAAUCAGAUGGGCAAACAGAGCAAGUGAACCAGUUUAUUGAAUUCUACCUCCGUUCCUACGUAGCUGCGGAUCAUUCAGAUUGGACCACGUGGUUGCCCCUGGCAGAAUACGCUUACAAUAAUGCCAAGCACGCCUCCACAGGGAAGACACCCUUUGAACUGGUCUACGGAAGAAACCCGGUAAUGAACCCAUCCAAUGUACCAUCCAACGUCCCAGAAGCAGAUCAGGUAGCAGACACCCUAGCACAAGAAUGGAAAGAAGCCAAGUCAGCCCUCAGGAUGAGCAAGGAACAAAUGACCAGGAAUCAAGGAGCAAUACCGGAGUACCAAGUAGGCAAAAAAGUUUGGUUAGAUGGAAGGAAUGUGGAACUCAGAACCAAUUCCAACAAACUAGACCCUAAACGACUAGGCCCUUUUGAAGUUACAGAAAAAGUGUCAAGCCACGCUUACCGCCUCAAAUUACCGGAAUCCUUAAAAAUCCAUGAUGUGUUCUACAUAGGACUCCUGUCAAAGGUACACAAAUCUCCAAGCCAGCCGUUUCCAGAAUGCCCCCCACCUGAAACAAUAGAAGGGGAGGAAGAAUACAAGGUUGAACAGAUCAUUGACUCCAAACAACAACGGGGGAAAUGGUUCUACUUGAUAAAAUGGAAGGGUUACGGACCAGAGGACAAUUCCUGGGAGCCAGAAGAACUGUUGGAACACAGCCAAGAAGAGAUCAAGCGUUUUAACCAAGCUAGACUCAGAAAGGCUUGUGACACCGCCAAGAGCCUUUAA